UUGAUCUUGAUGUUGAUGAACUUGAUUUUGAUUUUGAUUUUGAUUUUGAUUUACAGGACCUGGUUGACCCUGUACCUCUUGCCCCUGGAAACAAUGAAGGGAAGAAACUAAAAAAAGUUCCUUCUGUCCGAGCUUUUUCUGUUGCCAGUAUGAACAAGUUGGGUAAACUACCUGAGUUAGCGGACAAUAUCAAGAGACGAAUGUCUGAUCAGCUGAAGCCGGUCAACCCAGGGCCCAGAUCCACUCCCCCGGGAUCCUACGCUCCAACCCUGAACCCUCAGGGUACUCCGAACGAUUCCGAUGACGACGAUAAUUCUGACACAAUGAGUGAUUUUACAACAACAAGAAGGACAUCAAUGUUUCUUCAAGAGAAUAAAUCUAAAAACAAUUCAGGAGCCAUCUUUGUAUUAUCCAGGAGGAAGAAGCAGUUCUAUUGUAAGUGGUGUGUACUAGGGGAAGGAUUACUAAAAUGGUUUAAUGAAGACACCUCUCUUGCCAGACCUAAGGAAACAAUUAUGCUAAGCAACAUAUUUUCUCUUACCAAGAGAACUGAGAAACAUAUUGGAACAUCUCAACAAGAAUUGUACUGCUUUGAUAUUGCAGUAGUUAAUUCUAAAGGUAAGUUCUGUGUAUAUAUGCUGGGACUGGAAAGUAACCUGGAACGCGAAGUAUGGAUGGAGAAAAUAGUUCAAAGUCUUGGUUCAAGAUUAUCAACUUUUAGUAUGGUGGGAUGCAAGCGUAUUGGCUGGGCUUACUUAAAGGCUGGGUUUGCAGCAGAAUGGAGUUUGGCCUGGCUCUAUCUUGCUGAUAGAUAUAUAGUGUACGCUACUCAGGAUAGCAUAGAGUUUGAAAAGAUCGAUCUCAAGAAAACGAAGGACGUGUUUGUGCGGAAGGACAGUAAGAACCUGUGCCUGCCCCUGGGGUUUACCAAUCAGCCAGUUCUUGUUUGUGAUUUCAACGAUAGAUCUUUAUAUAUUCUACUGGGUGUAGUGGAUGAAGUAGAAGUUUGGAGAUCUCAUAUAGAAGAUAUUGCAUUUACCAACAAUAAUAUACUUGCAGACCAACAGGUGACACAUGAAGAUGUUCCUGUAAUAGUAGACAAGUGUGUUAAGUUCGUAUUUAGCCAUGGUGUGAUGACAGAGGGUAUAUAUAGACUAGCAGGGGUAAACACUAAAAUAAACAAACUACUUUCACAAUUCAGGAGUAAUGCUUGGGCUGUCCAGAUUAGUAGAGAGAACUUUAGUGAGCACGAUGUUGCAAAUGUUCUUAAACGUUUUGUCAGACAACUAGAUAACCCAUUGUUAACCCACUCUUAUAUAUUUAGACAACUAGAUUAACCAUUGUUAACCAAC